CAUCUUAGACCUGAUGGUGCUGAAAGAGGAGAGUCAAGAACCAACUGAAAUUGAAAAGAGAAAUCCACAUAAGAAUCAACAUGAUUUUAUAACUGGAGAAAAAUCUUUUAGUUGCUCACAGAUUGAAAUAACUUCAAGAAAUAUGGAUCAAAGUACGGAAAGGAGUAGUUAUUGCACCUGCCAACAGUGUGGAAAGUGUUUCAGUAAAACAUGUAUUAAAAAACACAUGAGAGUUCACACAGGAGAGAAGCCUUAUGUAUGCCCUCAGUGUGGAAAGUGUUUCAGUCAAAAAGUAACUCUAAAAAGCCACAUUAGAAUUCACACCGGAGAGAAGCCUUAUGUGUGCCCUCAGUGUGGAAAGAGUUUCACUCAUCCUGCAAACCUUAGAAGUCACAUGAGAGUUCACACUGGAGAGAAGCCUUAUACCUGCCAACACUGUGGAAAGGCUUUCAGUCAAAAAGGAACUCUUAAACGACAUAUUAGAAUUCACACUGGAGAGAGGCCUUACGUAUGCCCUCAGUGUGGAAAGAGUUUUACUCAUCCUGGAAACCUUGCAGGCCACAUUAGUGUUCACACUGGAGAGAAGCCUUAUGACUGCCAACACUGUGGAAGAAGUUUCAGUCGGAAAAGAAGUCUUAACUCCCACAUGACAGUUCACACUGGAGAGACCCUUUUCACCUGCCAACAGUGUGGAAUAAGUUUCACUCAAAAAGUAACCUUUAACAGACACUUGAGAAUUCACAAUGAAGAGCUGCCUUACACAUGUGAUCAGUGUGGAAAGAGUUUUGAUCAACAUGAAAACCUUGAGGUCCAUUUGAGCAUUCAUAGAAGGAAACCCUACACAUGCCCUCAGUGUGGAAAGUGUCUCGGACAGAAACGAUACUUAAAAGACCACAUGAGAAUUCACUCUGGUGAGCAACCCUACACCUGCCCUCAAUGCGGAAAGAGUUUCAAUUAUAAACUACACUUUGAAGACCACAUGAGAAUUCACACUGGAGAGAAGCCUUUCACCUGCCAAAAAUGUGGGAAAAGUUUCUGCCGGAAAGGAAACCUUAACAGGCACAUGAGAGGUCACACUGGAGAGAAGCCAUUUUUAUGUGGUCACUGCGGAAAGAGUUUCAGUUUUAAAUCAGCCCUUAAGUAUCACAUGAGUUUUCACAUGUGA